GUAGGUUUGCAGAAAAGUUGCAAGUACAGAGGAAUGACUCACUCACUGUUGAUAACGUACCACAUGCUGGACUGAAUCAUUCUUUGGAUUGCACAGCUGUUACUCAUGAUAAGGAAUUCAAACAAGAAGAUGGUAGUGAUGAAGGUACCGUACCACACGAGACAUGUAGGUCUGCCUGCAGAUUAAAUGAUUUAUUGGAAGAGAUCGGUGAUUCUGAGUACUUUAGAGAGUCAUGUGGUGGCUCAAUGAAGAUAACAGAAAGAAGGUGUGAAGAAAUUUACAGCAAUUGUAAUAAAGGGUGCUUGCCUGCAAGAGCCGGGGAAAGAAAAUUACUGGUUUACCUUAAAAAUGUAAGUGUGGAAGGUCAAGAGAAGGAAAGCAGCAAAUGUAGCUUCUGUUCUAAUUCUGUCCAUGAGGGCUUGGUGAGGCAGUGUGAACAUAGGCUUAAAAAGUCGUGUAAGAGGUCUAGUAGUAAAUUAAGACAUGAAGGACAGAAAAUUGAGAGACAAUCCAGGGAAGAGGAGAGAAAUGCUUGCAAAAUGAAGAAAAAGCGAAAAAAGCUUUCUUCUAAUCUUUUAUCUGAUGAAUGUGGCUUUUCAGAGACGGACAGUUGCAUGCAGCUGGAGUCGCUCAGAAAGAUACAAAGAAAAUGUAAGAAAAUACUUCACAACAAAGUGAAAUUCAAGUCACUUCACACCGCCAUGGCAGCACCAGAUGUUACCCCUCAUGAUGGGUCAGAACUUCAGGAGACCCUCCAGACGACAGGAGAUGAGAGGAAAUUAAUGUUGAGAAGAGAGAUGGAUGCAGAUGUCAGAGGAUACCCUCUAUUUCCUCUUGAGAUCAUUCAGACAAAUCCCUGUUCAGAUGCUUUCUGUGGAGCAGAGCCCAGAAGAGGAUGCUGAACAGCUACUCUAUAAUAGCUCUUAAGUUUUUAUAUAGAAGUGGGAGAAGAAAGCCCUUUGACCAUUAAAAGGUAUAUGAAAUACUGGUUGGUUUUUUGCGUAGGUAAUUCCUUUGGUUAGAAUAUCUACCUGGUGUAGUGAGCCACAAAACCAGAAUUUGUGUUUGCCUUUUGGAUAACAGAGGACCAAAACUUUCCCCAGGGCCAGGCAAAUUGUCAUGGACCAGUUGCUAAGAAUUUGAAAGGUUACAGAGUGAGAUCUCGGAGUGUUAUAUUCUGAUUAAAUGU